UUCCGCGACAGCUCAGCGGAGGGCUUGCGUGAUGGCUGGGAGAACCGUCCCCAGUGGACCUUUGCUGUGCAAGAUGAAUCUUGUGGACGUCAAUGGUGGCCCAGAAACUCCACAGUCGCAACUUCACGGCGACACACCUCUGAGGCCGGGAGGUGUGACGAUCCCGGUCUACUGCGUUGUGGAAUACGCGGACGCAGGCCUGGCCAGUGAUGACGAGCGGCACGGUCACUGCCAUGCUGACUUUGUGCUGAUCCGGAAAGACAUCCUGUUCACACAACUGGUAGAGACGGCGCUGAUGUCCCUGGGGUACUCGCAAGGCUCGGCUGUACAGGCCCGAGGCAUCAUUAAAGUAGGCCAGUGGAAGCCAAUGCCCAUCCACAACCUGACAGAUGCUCCAGAGGCCACUGUGGCUGAUAUGCUGCUGGACGUUUACCACAUGGUGACCUUACGGAUCCUGCUCCACAGUUUUGCCCGGCUGGAGGAUCUGCCCUCCGAGCAGUGGACACAUGCCACCGUGAGGAAGGCCCUCAAAGAGAUGCUCAGAAGGACCAACCACAACAAUUUGCCCAAGGAGUGUCCACUGUCUCAGAGUAUGAUCACUGCCAUCCUCAACAGUUCCUGUUACGCCAAUGUCUCCAUCCCCAAAUGCCAGGAGUUUGGACGCUGGUACAAACGUUACAAACGCAUCCAAGGUGAACAUGGGGAGAAGAUGUGGCACUCCCAGGACAAAUCUGAUGUAAACGUGGAGAGAGAUUGGGAGCCAAGUAUCCUCAACAAGCAUCUUCCUCCUCUGUUACCCUACCUGGGUGGCAUCGGAACCAUCAAAAGUCACCUAAUGGACCAUCAGAACUCCCCCCUGCUGCACUCCAGCAAUUCUUCCCCCAGCCCUCCUUUGCACCCCCAGGCAUCACCUCAUCUGGGGCACGGCGCUCUCCUGCCCCCGCAGCUCGUGCGCCAUCACCUCGCCGUGGCGCACCUCAUCAACCAGCAACUGGCCGUCAACCGCCUUCUCUCCCAUCAGUCGGCGCAGGGAGUCCCCCAACCUUACAUCAUCCACUCGCCCAUUUCUCAGACUUGCCAGGUCCCUGCAGAGCCCGGGGCCACGUAUGCAGGAGCUGAAGUGUCUUCUGACAUCUACCAUCGAGUUCGGUGUGAGCUCAAGAGAGCCAGUGUCUCCCAAGCUGUCUUCGCCCGGGUGGCUUUUAACCGCACACAGGGCUUGCUGUCAGAAAUCCUGCGCAAGGAAGAAGAUCCCCGCUCGGCUUCGCAGUCACUGCUUGUCAACCUGAAGGCCAUGCAGGGUUUCCUCGGCCUAUCGGAAGCAGAACGAGACCGCAUCUACCAAGAAGAGCGAGAGAGGAAUACUCAGACAAACUAUCAUCACAUCGCCAAUGGCAACGCUCACAGACACAUGCAGAGUAAGUCCAAUGUGGAGAGUCCCCUCAAGCUGGACUCGGUCGGCAACAUCACUUCGAGGAUCUAUGAGGAGAUCCAGCAGGAGAUGAAGAGGGCCAAAGUCUCCCAGUGUCUGUUCGCCAAAGUCUCCGCCAACAAAAGCCAAGGUUGGCUGUGCGAGCUACUCAGAUGGAAAGAAAAACCGAGCCAAGAGAACCGCACACUUUGGGAGAACCUGUGGACAAUCCGCAGGUUCCUUUCCCUCCCUCAGGCCGAGCGCGAUCGGGUUUACGAGGAGGAGACGAGGCAGCAGCACGCCGAUAAGAUCCCUGCUGUCUCGCACAUCCCGGAGCAGCAGGCACCACCCCUGCCACCUCUGAGGGCUCUCUCCCCUCUUCACGUGGACCCACAGCUCAUCGCCUUACCCUUCCUGAGUGGCUCAGAAAACGGGCCUCAGCAUGGGAUGAGCCCCGGCCUUGGAGAACCAAAAAAGCCUCGAUCGCGAACCCGAAUUUCCUUGGAGGCGUUGGGCAUCCUGCAGAGCUUCAUUGGCGACGUCGGGCUCUACCCUGACCAGGAGGCCAUCCACACCCUCUCAGCCCAGCUGGACCUGCCAAAGCACACCAUCGUCAAGUUCUUCCAGAACCAGCGCUAUAACUUUAAGCACCACAAUUCCAGGGAGUCCGGCCCAGACGAUGACGUCCGGGAGCGUCCCUCAGAGGAAGUACGAGAACAGGGGCAGCUUUCCGUGUCUGUGGACUUGAGUGAAGAUGGGAGGGAGUCAGCAGACGCAUUUGCAACUGAGAGAGAACCAGAAAUGGACCGAGAGGAGCAAGAUGAUGAAAAAACCUCAGCACUAACAACAUUAUCCUUGUCUCCACGUAGCAGUCUGGACAGCCCCAAUUCUGCAGGGCAGCAGAGAUAA